GUCCCCUUUUAUUGCUGCCCUGCACUUCCUUGUGCCCGCCAACGAAGGAGUACCACAGUAAGUUAUCCACGACCACCGUUGUCUUUCUCGAAGGAUGGCGCACGAGGAAUGCACCCGUUCCUGCCCGCGCUGCUGUCAAACUUCCGUCGAUGAGGUGUCUCCCACUCAUCCCACUACGACAAAGGGCAACUACAGAACUCGCAAACACAGCAUCGCCAACGACAAUGGCUCGACGGACUCGGCAAAGGUCCACGCACUCACCCUCGAAGUCGACCGGCUGAAAGCCGAGUUGGAUGCGCUGAAACAGCAACAUGAGAUUAUCCACGUCGAGCACGAGCUGUUGGGGAUACUGGUUCAUAGCUCCAAACAGUGUAUGGGAAUAUGCUCGUUUGGGGAUGCGGAAUGGACGGAGGAGGCGAACGAGGAGACGAGGAGGGAGGGGAUUGACGAUGCCGCUAGAGGGCAUGUGGAGACUCCCACUGAGAUCGAGUUGAGGACACCUUAUCCCACCCCUACAGACCUCUGCUUCCACUACGUCAACAAAGCCUUCGUCCUUGGCAAGUUCAAAACGCCCGACUGGCCCGCCUACUGUCAAAAGUGGGCCCGAAAGGAUUUCAGCUACACCCCUGGAGCCGUUCAGUUCUGGCGAAACACAUACCUUACCGCAUUGAACGAGAACACACCGCAGAUCUUUGAGACGCCGUAUUCUAGCGAUGGGGUCAACCAGCGGUUCUUGCAGACACACCUGGAUGUCAUUAAGGAAGGAAGAUUCAAGGGCUGCUAUUUCUUCAUUUGCGAGGAUACUACGGAUUUGAAGAAGGCUUUGGAUACCGUCAAAGUGCAGAAUGUGAAGUUGGACGAUGCUUUAACGAUGGCUACCGCGGCGACCGUCGCGAAGGGGAGGUUCCUUGCGAACAUGAGCCAUGAAAUUCGAACCCCACUUCACGGGAUCAGCUCCGCCAUCGCACUUCUUGAAGACACGACGCUGACCGCGGAUCAACACGACCUCAUCACAUCCAUCCGAAUCUGCUCCGACGCCCUCCUCGACCUUGUCUCCGGCGUCCUGGACCUCGCCAAAAUCGAGGCGGGAAAACUCACCCUGGACAUUGACUCGAAGCGACCGUGCGAUAUCCGCGCCAGCGUCUCGGAGUGCAUCACGGUCGUGAGCAACAAAGCGAAAAGCAAAGGGUUGGAGCUGAGGUGGCAUUGUGAGGAGGACGUUCCGAGAUUUUUGUUUGGGAUCGAUGCGGCGCGGUGGCGGCAGUGUAUCUUGAACCUACUAGGGAAUGGCGUGAAGUUCACCGAUGUUGGUGGGGUGGCUGCCGAGAUCCGGAUACAACGGAAUAUUGCGGGCGAUGUCCCGUCGCAAGGAAUGGCGCAAGGUCCUGCGAUGUGCACUGACUCCACAAAGCCAUUGACACGAUCCAACACCUCCACAUCUUCAGCGCCUUCAGUGGCAACACCCUCCGCAUCAUCACACUCCGCUCCCUCCACGCCAACAGCAGUCCCGGACCACCCGCCAACACAGAUCCCAGCAAUGCUCAUAGCCCGCAUCAUCGACACGGGUGUGGGCAUGGCCCCACACGUUCCGCCAACCCUCUUCACGCCCUUCACGCAAGGCAGCGCCGAAACAAACACGAAGUUUGGCGGAACAGGUCUGGGUCUAGCGAUCGCGAAGAACCUCGCGGUCAUGAUGGGCGGCGACAUUAAAGUCGAAAGCACCGAGGGGGUCGGGUCGGUGUUUGAGUUGAGCGUGCUGGGGUACAUUGACCUGGUUGUCGAAGAGAGGGAGAAUGCGUUGCGGCGAGCGGAUCAGCAUGCAGGCGGGACACGACCACGGACACCUAGCCCCAGUAAAUGGAUCAUGCGCUGCCGGGAAAGCGCUGUGGAUCUCGGGGACGACGCUAUGGAUAUUCUCUCAGCGGACCAACCACUGGUGCAGCAGAAACAGCAGCUGAGAGUCCUGUUAGUAGAAGACAACCCGCUGAACCAGAAACUCGCCACACGGAUGCUAAUCAAGGCUGGGGCGCACGUCACGACUGCGUCGGAUGGUAUUGAAGCUGUUAAGUGCUUCCAACAGGGGUGGACGCCUAGCGACUCGACAAAGUCAAAGGAUGGUGGUUGGCAUCCUUUCGACGUUAUUCUGAUGGAUUUGUCGAUGCCAAAGAUGGGUGGGGUGGAGGCUACGAGGUUGAUUCGCGAAUUGGAGGCUGGUCUUCAGCAGAAGGCGUUAGAGGACACAAAGCACAGUACUAUGGCGACGCAUUCGCCUCGACGCGCAUCGACUCUCGCGUCGACCAUGCGGCCCAUCUCGCGAACCAACACCGACGACAAGAGGUUUGCAGACGAGGUCAAUUAUUCUCACUCAAAAGGAAACGUGACAAUCGUCCCCUCACCACCACCCUCUCGCGACUCUCACCGCCGCCCUCACGCCACCCGAACGCGUAUCAUGGCACUGACAGCCCACGCCCUUAGCGACGUCAAGCAGGAGUGUCUGGACAAUGGCCUGUUUGACGAUUUCCUGAGCAAGCCUGUGAAGAUAGAUGAGCUACUGGACUGUGUUUUCCUGGCGUGAGAGGGGUUUGAACUAUUGAGGCGUGAUCCUGUUUUUCCGUUUAUUCUUUUUGGGGUUUCGCUAUCAAUAUCAAUAAUAGUCUUUUAGGAGCGAGGGAAGGUGAAGCCAUUCAGACUUGUCCACGCCUCGCUUUUUUGAGUUGGACGCGUAAUAGAACAUUGGUGGUGGGAGAUUCCUAGAUUAGUACUUGGUCGAACGUUAAUGUGCAGUAUGUGCCUUAAAACCAUUGAUGGCGAUGUUGCGGGC